AUUAUGAAUAUUUUCUAUAUAAGAAUAUAGAGCAGUGACAAAUUAAAAUAUUAGGGCUAUACGAGUAAAGAAAAUACGUAUUUCCGAUAAUAAUAUUGCCCAAAUCCAGGAAAAUAGGCUAAAGUAUAAAUUUUAAUAUACUGUAUUUAGGUUUAAUGUAGUUUGAUCCUACUCGAGAUAUGACACAUGAUCCCUUCUAUUUCCUCACCCGGUCGAUCUUUAAUUACCAAAAUUUAACAGCAGCAAUGUAUCUCAUAAACAAAUCUCCCUGCAAAAUUUCAGAAAUAUUCGACAAAAGACACAAGAGUUAUUAAGAUUGAAAGUGGAUGAACAAAAUAAAUUAUAAUUAAUUAUUAUAAUUAUUAAUUUUUAACCAUAUUCAGAAUGAAAAAGGCAACACGAGUGAAAAUUUCGUAGCUAAUCGAUAGUGGUUCAAUCGAUUUAAAAACAGAAACAAGUUACAACUGGUGAAAGUUUUUCCAACAACGAUCGUAAAGAAUUAGUAUAAUAGGUGCACGAAAUGACGAAAUUAGCGUUUCUGAAGAUGGGGAGUGAAAGGAACUUUCUAUGGAUUUUCUAAAAAAAAUUUAAGCCACUAUAACGGAAAUUAUGGAUCAGUUUAUAGAAAAUGAUUUAAAUUUUGAUAGAAGUUCAAAGGCGAGACGAAGUGUCAUUGAUGCGAUGUCUUGCUAUCGACAACUGCUUGCUGAACGAAACAGGAAAAGGCAAACGACAUUAGAUGACUUCUUCACAAAAAAAUAAAAGAUGUUAAAGGAGGAAGAACCUUCCUCAUUACAAACAUAAUUUCUUUACUCGAACUCUUUUUGAUUUUUAUGAAUGUUUUAUGAAUAAAAAUCGAUAUCAGCAAUAAAUAAGUCUAUAAUUAAUGCAAUGAAAAGUAUUUAACAAUAAAUGUUACAAAAAAAAACAUAAAUUUUCUUAUUUUCUGUUCUGUUUCACUUAUCCCCAUUAUUUAUAUGUUAAUAUGACCUGUUUCAUUUAGCGCUGGAACUUACUGGAACGUAUCCCCGCGUUAAGCAGGGUCUUACUGUAUAUAAGUUAUUUUAAUAUAUUUUGGAGUCUGAUAUUUUAGGACCUAUACUUUAUCAUUAUUUUUUGAUUACUUUAUUUUACUAUACUUUAUCAUACUUUGGUUAAGUAUUCGUUUGAAGUUGUCUUUUCAUGCUAUCAGUCUUUAUAUGGUGACUAUUAACCAGCAAUUGUUAAUCAGUAUUAACACUAAUGUUAAUUAGUAAAGCCAUUAUUUCCACUAAUUAUAUCCGUAUUAAUGUACUUCGCUUAAUGUUAUCGGCGUGUCCCGAUCUGAUCAUCACAUGAUGAGACAAAACUCUAUUUGUUAGGAGUUAUUCACAUGCAAAUUGUUCACAAAUUGGUUAGGAGACUUUCUUAAUGUGUUUGAAUACACAAAGGAUUGGUGUAAAACGCUGCAAAAAUGCAAAAAUCGUUAAAAGCUUUACCAGAGGACCUUUAUUUCUUUUUCAAUUGCAUUUAUUACUGCGAUCAACCCCCACAAAAUCAAAGUUACUUUAAAGGUAAUGCGACAAGUGUGAGCUUUAAAAGUACGAUUUCUAAAUUUAAAUCUGCUGAUAUUUUUGUGAAAUAAUUAUCCUGUUAACAUUUAUUUUCGUCAAUAUAAAGUUUUGCACAAUAGAUAGAUAAUAAAUUCUAGUUGAUUUAAGAAACAAAAUUCCUCCUUUAUCUAUCCAAUCUGCAUUUUAAAGACCUCAGAUUAUUUAUUAUUUGCUUAAAGUAAAACUUCAAAAUUUUUUCUUGCUUUGGUAUGUCCCGAAAAGUUGCCUAAUGUGGAAUGGUUCUUGGAAAAUAGAGAUAUUGCAGCGUCAUUGUUGGUUCCAUUAGGUUAAUAUAGUGGAGAUAGAAGAGGCUAGAAUAACGAGGAAGCCAUUCCUCUCAGUGUCGCUUAGUUCUGGAAAGUAGUGUUGCGUGAAUAUUAUUUUUUUCUGACAUAAGAAAUUAGUUUUCUUAUAUAUCCUAAUUGUUAAAACGAUGUGAAAUUUUCCACAUAAGUAACGUGAAACCACCCUAUUUUAUCAUCAGAAUCGUCGAAUUAAGUACUGUAAUUUGCAAUGAAAAACAAUACUACAGAAUUUAUUGAAUAUAAUUCAACAAGUGAUAAUGUAACAGAUGUUGAACCGUAUAUAAUUCCAAAUCUUAAAUUAAUCCACGAUGUAUUAUUAACCAUGACAUUGAUAAUAAUAAUGGUUGCAAUGGGAGCGUGUAUUUAUUGGAGACAAAUUUGGAAGCACGUUCGGAGACCUGUUGGACCAAUAAUUGGAUUAUGCAAUCAGUUUAUAAUAAUGCCUUUAUUAGGUUACGCUUUUAAUAAAAUAUUCCAAUUUGAGUCAACAGUAGCUGCAGGGUUAUUAAUAGUAUCGUGCUGUCCGGGUGGUGCUGUCUCCAACACUUUCACGUAUUACGUAGAUGGUGAUGUAUCAUUAAGCAUUACAAUGACAACGAUUUCCACUGUUUUGGCAUUAGGCAUGAUGCCUCUUAACGUCUGGAUUUAUGCGAAAGAUACCGAGGCCAGCAAAUUGGUCAUACCUUAUCUUAAUAUGGCUUUAUCCUUAAUUAUGAUCACGUCUCCCGUCCUUUUUGGUAUGCUUUUGAAAUGGAAAGUUCCAAAAGUGUCUGAAUACGUUACCAAGUGUGGUAGUGUAUUAGGUUUGGUGCUUAUUGCAGUGGUGUUUGUAUUAGAAAUGAUAUUAUUUAGCUCUGCCCUUCUUCGUUUAACUUGGCAACACAUUGUGACUUCUGCGCUUAUGCCACUGGUUGGAAUUCUGACAGGAUUUUGUAUAGCAUUUCUUUUUAGAAGACCCAUCGCAGUAUGUAAAACGGUAGGAAUUGAAAGUGGUAUUCAAAAUGUAGCUGUAUCACUUAGUGUCAUUUCAUUAUCUUUUGAUAUUGCGAAAUAUCCAAAAUUACUUUUGCUUCCAUUGUUAUAUGGCAUCUCUCAAAUGGUUAUAUGUUCUGUGAUAUGUUUUAUUCGUCAAAUAAUAUUAUGCAGUCCUAAAACGGAAGAACCUGUAGAUAUUAAAAAAGAUACGGAAGUUAAAGAUGUAACUUCUCUGUAAUCCCAUUUACUUUCUUACUUUGGAGUUCAAUUCAAUCUUAUUAUAUUUUCAUGGUGUGGCAUUAAAGAAUAUCUGAAAUAAUGAAAUAAUAAAGAUUAUUACUAUUUAAU